AUGGUACGAACUGCUGAAGGUCCGAUGGACUUUGAAUGGCAGAACCGUCCUGCAAUGGAUGUGACAUCUCCAUUCUCCCACCUGGAGACUAAGAAACGAACACACAGCGCAUUCGGCUCACCAGACAAGAAACCACCUUCCCUUCGUCCUCCAAACUCCCAACCCUUUCUCUUUUCCCAAAAUGAUGCCCCUCUACCAACCCCCAAGUCCGUCUUUGGUCAACCUGCCUUCAUGACACCGCGCAAAGUGGACCUCGACUUCUCCUCCGGCGCCGAGAACUUUUCCUCCCCAGAAAAUGCCGAUAACGAAGAUACACCGGAACAAUCGAGGCCUGAACGACGGAACUCACUCUUCAACAUCUACGGUCGGUUUGGAGGAAGUCCCGGUCGGGGUGAGAUUCCCCGCAUGAAACAGAAACCCUAUUCCAGUGGAGCCCUGCACAAGGUUCAAAAGAAACGACGUCGGAAUCAGGAGUUGAGUCGGCAGGUCAAGCUGGAAAGUGACGAUGAAAGUGACCAACCGACCGAUCACAGAAUAGCCAAACCGGGGAAACAAGGGAAAGAGGUCACAGAAGCUGCCCCUUCGCGCAUGUCCUCUUUCUCCGAGUUCUUUGCCUUGCUAGAGGCGCAUCCUAAUGUUCCUAGCAUCCUGUCCUGGUGGGCUCAGCUGAUGGUCAAUUUAUCGCUGUUCUCGUUGGCCGUCUACAUCGUUUUCACCUUUGUUUCGGCUAUUCGCACCGAGUUCGAGCACGCGGCCGAGCAAGAGUCCGAUACUAUUCUAGCCGAUAUGGCAAGAUGCGCCAAGGAUUACGUGGAUAACCGAUGUGGAGGAGGAGAUAGACUGCCGGCGUUGGAAAGUGUUUGUGAGAAUUGGGAACGUUGCAUGAAUCGCGACCCGGCCAAGAUCGGACGCGCCAAGGUGUCUGCCCAUACGAUGGCCAUGAUCAUCAACAACUUUAUUGAUCCCAUCAGCUGGAAGGCAGUGGCCAUUUUCCUCGCUACUAUCUCUACAGUGACUGUUGUCAGUAACUGGUCAUUCCGUUCUUUCAGAAGCAGACAAAGUCAGCCAGACUUCUCCCAACAUAACUACCCACAGCCCCCUGCGCAUGAUUACAUGCAUCAACAACCACUCCACCUCCAACAUGCCUCGACUUUCGGUUACUACGGACAACCCGAUCCCCGACAGAACAACUACACCCAAAACCAAGACACCCCAUUAAUGCUCGAGAACAAAGGGAUGGAUUUUGUGACUGAACGGACUCGCGAUCGUGAAAAUCACCUCCGCACACCGAGUCCGUCAAAGCGCCGAUUCGCAUAA